CUCUUUUUAUUUCCACCUUGGCGGACGGGCUGGAUGAUGGAGAGUGAGGGAGGGAAUGGACAGAGAGACCCUGAUAGUAUUGUGUCACGCAGAGUCACUGCACAACGCGCUCCGCCGACGGGGGCUGGCAUCCGGAAACGCCACUGAUUGCGCAAAUGGAUUGAGAAUUGACCUUUGGGAUUAUGCUGUAGAGGAAGAGGGUGUGUCUGUGUGUGUAUGUGCGUGUGUGUGAUACAACAGCUUGAAGGGACAGGUAACUUAUUAACAGCAGGGAAGGAGCUGAGGGUUCACGACGCCUCGGUCGGCUGCAGGAGGAAAAACUGAAAUCCGGCUUCGCUGUGCUCUCCCUCUGACCAUCUGAAAGCCAAUACAAAACCUCCCACACACACUCACACACACACUACCACCACAGAGUCCAGGAUGCUGUAAACAAGGACACACACACACACAGUCAGCACGCACCCGGAUCACAUGCAGACAAUCAGCCCUCUGCAGGCUUUGCUUAGGUGGAGGAGGAGGAGGUGGUGGUGGUGUUGGUAGGGAGGUGCUAGUCCCUCCGGCCAACAAACACACUCCAAGCUGUAAACAUGGAGUCUCUGGAGGAGUACCACUCUCCGUUUGACUUUGAACAAGGAGUCAACUCCAGCUACCUGUACCUCUCCCCGGCCUGCAGCGACACGCCGCCCAGCUCGCCCGCAGUCCGGACCAGAGAUUUCCAGCAGCAUCCGGACUCGAUCCCAGAGGUGGGAGAAGAUGCUGCGACGUCCGUGGGACCCUCCCCCGCACCACCCGCCAUGACGCAGGAGGAGCAGCAGGAGCUUCAAGAAAAGUUGGUCAAGGUUGAGGACGAGAUCCUGACUCUGUCACAGGUGCUGGCAGCCAAGGAGAAGCAGCUGGCGGACAUCAAGAGGAAGCUGGGCAUCACACCCCUCAACGAGCUGAAGCAGAACUUCACCAAAACCUGGCAGGAGGUCACCACCUCCACCGCCUACAGGAGGACGUCUGAAACAUUGUCUCAGGCAAGUCUGAAGGCCACAGCAGCGUUCUCCAACGUGGGCUCGGCCAUCACCCGGAAGCUGGAGGAUGUCAGCACACGCUCAUUGCAGCACUCAGCUAGCAUGCCUGCCAUGAGGAAUGCUCAAACCUUUAAGUCAUUUGAGGAGAAAGUGGAGACGUUGAAGACCAAGAUGAGUCCGACCCCGUCCACCGGUGACCCCGGACAGGAGGACAGCGACGACCCCACCGGCGACACUUUGAUCCCUCAGCCCGAUGGCUCGGCCACCCAGGAGACGCCGACCAACUGAGGCCCUCGUGACCCCCCCCCCCCCUCCCUCCCUCCCUCCCCACCCUAAACGCUUAUGUGCCAGUCUUCCUUUAUUUGAAACAAGUGACUCCCCACAGCUAGUGAUCUAAUUGUCUGCUCAACACGUGCGCUCACUAGUUGACUCGGGUGGUAACUGAAAGCAUGGGACAGGGGCAGGAAGGGGGGGGGGGACACGUGUCCAUCGUAUAUACUUGAGUCUGCUGUGGGAGAAUCCCUCCCUGCUGUAUGCUUUUCUUUUUCCUCCUCUCGCAUUCCUUGUCUCUCCGCUUUGGUCCGACACGCCGAACAUGCUGCUGGAUCUUUUAUCAAACUUCUGUCUCAUAUUUUUGUUGGAGUGUAGAAAUUUGCACAGGUAAAGAAAUAUUACUAACAUGAUGGUGAUGAUAGACACGGAUUUAUACAUAAAGUUCUUAUAUCACCUGUUGUGUCGGCCUACAUUUGGGGCCUGACUAGUUUACUGUGGGUCACCAGUUUGAUUUCCGUUUCCUUUGUGACCGCGAGGCGUCUCAAAAUUAAAAUAACAAAGUAGUACGACGCUGUGUUCACAAUAUGAACGGAUGGCUUUAUUUUGUGUAAUGUCGGUACAACACUGUGUAUACUUAAAUCCACAGCACUGUGCCUCUCAACCACACAAUAAACCGAGGCCCAUUCUCCCCCAUUGUUAAAGAGUCCGUCAGAAAUUGAUCUCCACGUUCAGACAGUUGCAGAAAAACCGCCAAGAUCAGCAGAACGGCGGCAGAGCAAACAAGCAGUGAAGGCUCAGCCUUGACCCGAGGUGAGAGGAAUAAAUCUCUCUCCCAGAGUCAAUAUUUAAACUUGUGUUCAUUGGUUCUGCCGGGAGCGAACACCUCGUCGCUCCCAUUUCUGUCAGCCAUCUGAAAAGGGAGGCAAGGCCGUUACUUGUGCACAUAAUCACAGUGUGAAAGAACAGGGGACGAGUAUGACAUCAUUCUUUUAGCCACGGACGAGUGUGUCUACAAUGAAUGUGUCCCCCUGUGUGUCCUUUGACCCGGACUGGAGAAUCUUAACAACUCUAAAACUUUGACCAGACAUUCACGGCCUUCUCAGGAGGUUUAUUGCUAAAUACCUGCAGAAUGAAUGACACCGUCCCAUCGGCCUCGGCUGUGUUUUGCUAAUUAGCAUUUAGCAAUUAGUAUGCUGACCUGCGGGAGUGAGAUGGUGAACAUUGUAAACAUCACAUCUGCUGACCAUCAGCAUGCUAUUGUUUUUGCGAGCGUGAUAGCGUGCUGACGUUAGCGCUCGGCUCAACGCACCGCUCUACCUACUGCGGCCUCGGCCAGCUUAGAGCGAGAGCUCGGCACUCCCAAAUGUCCUGUCCAGACAAGUUUCUGGAGGGAUUGAACAACAUGAUCAACAUCGAACUGCUGGAUUUACAGUAUAAGAUCACCAUAGUUGCCUAACAUGCACAGAGCUACUGAACAAAGCGUACAGAGUCAAUUUGAAGACACUCCGAUGGACGACACUCGUCCUGCUCGGGCUGGUUCAAGUCUUCACCUGCUGGUGGACGAGGGGGAACAAAACAUGCAGGUGAAAUCAGCUCCACCACUUUGCUGCGCUGCACUUGGCCACACUGGCUGUGUAUCAGCACACAGGAAGAACCACCGCAUACAGGCACGGCGGGGGGGGGGUUCUGGUGUUAACAUACAUACCAUUUCCACCCACCGUGACACAAUGUGUAGUUGUGCAAUGCCUCAUGUCUUCACGUACGCAAUGACCUGGUUUACUGAGAGAAGUUAAUACUUUUUGUCUCAGACAGGAGGGUUCAACGUGGACACAUGCUCAAUUCUGUCCUCAAUUUGGAACCUUAUUCCGAGUUAACCGGUGUGCUGGUUUGGAAAUGGCUUGGUUUGUUUGACUGAAAGGUGGGGUUUCCCCAGUGCGACAUACUGCUGUGGAUUUUACCUUUUUUUUGUAUAACACACCAGUGUGUCGAACACAGGAAACGCAUUUAAAUUGACUCACAAAAGGAUACAAAACACAGCCUUGUUGAACUGCAGUACCUUCUGUGAACACAGGAGGGCAACAGAAGCUACACUUGACUUUUAUUUGUCUCCAUCCAGACCACACCUGGACCCUGUAUCAGAGGGUUUUCUUUAAACUUCUUACUUAGUUAUAACCUCGAGAUGACCCUUCUGCAACAAAACCUGAGUGUGUCUCCGUGGUGCCAGACGAGCAGUUUUAUUUUCUCAUUGCAUCGUUAAUUGCAUUGUAAUGUCACUUUAACUUGUAAAGACAAGUAUGACGCUCAUUCAUGACGGAUUGCAUUUAACAUUGUUACAACUGUUUCAAUGAACUGCAUUUGCCAAAAUAAAAUGAAAUAAAGCAACUGAAUGCUUUUGAGCUGUAA